GAGUAUGUCGUUAAAAGUUAGUGUCGUUGUGUUGGUAGUCAUGCUUUGAUGAUCAGUUUAAAAAGGAUCCUUGGAAAUUGUUUGUUUACAUUGUAAUGUUGCUGCCCAGUAUUGUGUCAUUAUGAAUCUGGAUAUUGAAAGGAAACUUUCCAAGGCUUUAAAGCAGUUCAGUGUAAACACUUUAUUUAAUGAUGUUUGCCCAUACUUUCAAGAUUGGAUCACUCAAGAAGAGCUCUCCUCAGAAAUUCGCAGACUCAAACACAACAUUGACACACCAUCAGUUGUUGGUGUUCUCAUAAAUCUCCUGAAAGAGAAUGAUAUAACUAAUGCUGAAGUUGAAGAUUUACUUUCCACAUUUCUGCUCCUUGGUACUGCUUAUAAUUCUUCGCGUAGGACAUGGACAUCUUACAAACUUGAAGGAGAUUGCCUCCAAGUUAAAUUUGAAGAUGAGAUUAAAGAAGAUCUGAAACAUAUCCUUGAAGAAAAUCAAUUAAAUGCGACCAUUGCAAUCAAAACUGUCGAUUGUAUGCAGUGGAUACAGGUGACCGAAAGAAGACUUGUGAAGAAACGCUGGAAAGAUUACGCACCUUACUAUGUUGCAUGUUUUAUAGGAGAACCAUAUAUGUUCUUGAGCAAACGGGACGUAUCAGAUGAUUUUCUUAAGUCACUAUCUGAAGGUUUUGGAUAUACUGGCUACAAAUACAGCAACCUCAAUGGUCAUGAUCUGGAAUCUAUGUUCAGCCAUUUAAGACAGAAAGGUGCUAAGAGGGGAAUUGUCAGGCCGAUAUCAACCUUAAGUAACAUUAAAGUUACAUCAUCUGGUAAAGAUUUCUCUCAACACGAGAACAGAAGAAAGUUUGUAUCAGACAUAAUGGGAACAUCACCCCCAAAAAUAUCCAACUAUGUUGUUGUGGCAAAGAAUUUACCAUGGAAAGGAAGAGUGCAACACCCCAGUUUGAAAACAAAGACUUUUGAUAUGAAAAUUGAAUUUCAAACAGAAGACACUGCAGAAAUGUUGCUAGAUAUGGCUGAACAUGGUUGUUUGAAAGUACCUCCACCAAGCUACGUUGUAAAUCUUAUGUCUACUGGAAGAAACAAUAUUAAACUCCGAGUUCAGAAUGGCAAUGGAGCCACAGAUACAGAAACUCAGACAGACGCUGGUUAAUCUUCAUAGUUUUAGCAUUUCUAUAAAUCUAACAUUUGUUAUUUUUUUUUACUUUUGUCCUUAUACCACUGUGCUGCAGUUGCAAACGGUUGGCAAUGACUUUAAUUGGAAACAUUAUUGCGUUUGGUUAAUCUUCAUAAUUUUUGCAUUUUUAUAAAUCUAACUUUUGUUUUUUUUUGUUUUUUUUAACUUUUGUUCUUAUACCUCUGUGCUGCUGUCACAAACGGUUGGCAAUGACUUUAAUUGUAAACAUUGCGUUAAAGGAUUUAAAUUGUAAUGUGGAUCUUUUCUUUAAUUAAACAAAAUAUGUGGACAUCACAACUCGAACCUA